AUGCGCCGCUCGCAGCUGGGCCCGGGCUCCGCCGCCACCUGCCUCGCGCUGCUUUUGCUGCUGUCGCCCCACGUGCAGCCGCGGGGCUGGGACGAGACGCGGCUGCAUCUGGAAACCCUCAAACGGGGCAUCCUCGACCGGUUGGGCAUGCCCGGGCCACCCGCCGUCCGGCAGGCGCUGGACCAGGACGGCAUCCGCAGGGCGCGCCAGCUCUAUGAGGAGAGGCUGGCCCAGCUGCGGGGCAACCAGAGCAGGGCAGAGCACCCCCCGCCCGCCCCGGCCCGUGCCCUUCACCUCCUGGCCCUGACCCGUAAGUGGAGCCACCCCGGCUGGCUCGGCUCGGCUCGGCUCGGCUCGGGGCUGCGGCUGCUCACGGCAUCGCUCCGAGCAGCGGCUGCCAUAGCCGAGUCCUCGGGCGCGCUGGGCAGUGCCCCUGGUCCCAGGCAGGUGCUCGGGGUGCCCGUGGGGGCGAUCAGGGAAGCAAUAGCAGCACAAGGUGGGACUGACCCUCGUCUACCUGCUCUCUCCACAGUCACGCGCCGCACAGAGGCCAGGGACCGGCCCAGCAGCAGCUACCGCUACGACCUGGCGCUGCCCCGGCCCGAGGCCUUACCGCCUGGGCUCCGCGUGCUGCGUGCCCGGCUCAGACUCUUCAAGCAGCGCCCGGGGGUGCCCGGCAUCUGGUGGCCCCCACGGGUGCAGCUCUCCAGGCUCACGAACAGGGGCCCCAGGGCCCUGCGUGCUUGGCUGCUCCCCAUGGCCCCCCUGAGCCUGGACCUCACGGCUGCCGUCCAGCAGUGGGUGGCGAGUGCUGAGCCGGCGCUCCAGCUGGAGCUGGCCUUUGCCACGGACGUCUCUGCCACUCUGGCCACUGCCCGCAGCCCCCAGGGGCAGGAGACGCUGGCCCUGGAGGUGGUGACGCAGGCGGGCGCAGGGCUGCGGGCACGGAGGCGCCGGGCACUGGACGAGGAGUGCAGGAAGAGCGACGGGAAGUGCUGCCUCCAGUCCCUCAAGGUGUCGUUCCAGGACAUCGGCUGGGCCGACUGGGUCGUGGCCCCCCACAGCUACAGCAUGCGCUUCUGCCAGGGCUCCUGCCCCCACAACUACAAGCCAGCCAGCAUGCACGCCCAGGUCAAGGCCCGCAUGCACGCGCUAGCCAAGGGCACGCCAGCGCCCUGCUGCGUGCCCGCCGCCUACGACCCCAUGGUGCUCAUGCACUACGACAGCACGGGCGGCCUCACCUCCACCGUCUUCGAGGACAUGGUCGUCACCAAGUGCCACUGUGCCUGAUGCCAGCCACGCGGGGGCAGACCCGGGCACCGGCACGUGGCGGGACCUUCCCUCCCGCCCCAGGAUGAGCUGCAGGGACCCUUUUGUGACCCCCGUGGCAGAGCUGAGAGGCAGCCCCUGCCUGCAGACGCGUGCUCGCUGCCAUCAUCUCAUGGCGUGCGGCCCUGCUCCACGGGCUGGUCCCGUGCGCCUGGGAGCCAGCUCUGACCUGGUCCUUGUGUGUGUAGCGCUGGCUGGACCGGGCAGUCGGAGGCCGGGGCUGGCAUGGGGAAGCCACAUGUGACGGCCUGGACCUUUCAGCCCUUCCCCCAUCAUGCCCUUGCCUCAGUUUCAUGGCAUCCUCUGAUGGUGGUGAGGAUUGCCCAUCUCAGGGCCUGAGCCGUGCCCCUGUCCGGUCAGGGCCAGCCCCACGGCCAUGUGGGUCCCAGCCACGUGCCUGCUAGUGCUGCACCGUGACUGGGAUUUAUUUAUACGACCUCUAUUUAUUGCUAAUUUAUUAGUAUUUUAUUGCCACGAGAGUGCUCUGGCUGGGAAAGGCCUUCCCGCUGGUCCCUUUUGUACAUUCGUGGUGAUGAGGGAGUCCAAUAAAGUGCGGGAGCUCCCGUCUCUGCGUGGGCAGAGCCGUCCUUGGGCGAGCGCUGCAUCCCUUGGCACAAGACCUUUCCUGAGCCCCCCGGCAGAGAACCAGGCUGCUACAGCGAAGAGCAGGUCGGGACAACCGGGUCGGAAGAGGGCAAUGAGGACGGCAGCAGUCACAGCAGCCGCGGGUCCUCCAGCCGAAGCGAGAGCAAAUGGACUGAAGUUUAAUCCCCGUAUUUGGGGACAGGACUAAGAGACAAGGGCUUUGAGGGACAGGAUGCCUUGCGGAUGGGUGCGAGGGAGCGCCUUUCCGCAGGCGCGUAUAUUGUAACGGGUGCACGGUGGGUUAAGAAAGCAAUGCUCAGUGACUAGA